AUGCAUACGCGCGACCGCUUACGUCUCUCGAUCCUCCCCCAGAACGCCGAAGAACCUGUCCAAUACGAAGAGUUCGUCCGCGAGCAGAUCGCCCGAGAUGACAAGGAGUGGAAGCGCUUACAGGAAACAUGUGACCGUGUUUUUGACCAGCACCUACAAAGCCAUGAAGCCCUUCGCCGUGCCAAGGCGGUCCUGGAGGCAGAGAAUGCCGACUUGAAGCAGCAGAUUCUUGACCUUAACAGGGAGCUCGAAGAAGAGGCCCCCGUGACAGCUGAACUUCGCCAGAAGCUUGAGGAGGUUACUGCAGAACGAAACGAGAUGGCUCUCCGCCUUGCCCGCAAAGGCAGCCAUGCUAUGUCUGUGGUAUCUGCAACAAGUGCCCCGAAAUCCCAUAAGAUUGCCGAUCCUGAGCAGUUGUCAGAUGGCAAGGAAGACCCAAAGUUUGAAGAGUGGCUACUUGCUAUGGAACGUAAGCUAACCGUUAAUGCGGACCGUUUCCCUACCGAGUACGGCAAGAUUACCUACAUCCUAAGCCGCACAGCAAGAACCCAUACCAGACUGGAGAAGAAGUCUUCGACCACCUGA